UUAAGCGCACUGACGGGGAAUAAAGUCAGACUUCGGCCGAAAACACAUAAAGAUCCUCCAGCGAGUGCGAACCGCCAGCAAAGUGCUAAAAUUAAAGUCAAUUUCGAUUGUAUAAACUCAGUUUCGGUGUUGAUACUCGUACAUUACGUACAAUGGCGUGCAAAUACAGUAAACAAAUGAUCCUGCUCAGUUGCAGCUUGGCUGUGCUCCUCGGCUUCUCGGAGGCUCUUCCUCGGUACAGUCGCACCAGGGACUUGGGAACCUCAGCCAGCUCUCCCAGCUUCGCCUAUGCUCCCAGUCCGCAGGAGCCGAUGACCCUCACCGGGAACUACAACCUGAUCAUGCCCGACUACUACGACCACCAUCCCGCCGAGUCGAUGCAGCUGCAGAACUUCGCCGACUUCUACGACGCCCAGAUGAGUCCCGACUCCGACCUCGGGAUGGAGGAGUCCCAGUUCCUGGCGCACACCCCCGUCCGGGCACCCCAGCCGCUGACUGCCCAGGAGAAGCGGGCCCGCCAGCAGGUGCCCCACGUGGACAUCAACCGGGAGAAGAAGGCCCUGCUGAAGCUGAAGAAGGGCAGCACCCAGCCCAAGGGACCCGCCCACCAGGAGUGGGACCAGUUCGACUACGAUCUCUAUAGCAUCAAUCCCGCGGACAACAAGAAGUACAACUACGAUGUCUAG